GAAGUAGGGAUGCCUGCAGAUUUCAAUGGUUACUGGAAAAUGAUCAGCAAUGAAAAUUUUGAGGAGUAUCUCAAAGCACUGGAUGUAAAUGUUGCUGUAAGAAAAAUAGCAAACUUGCUAAAACCUGACAAAGAAAUCUUUCAGAAUGGAGAUCAUAUGAUUAUUAAAACGCUAAGCACUUUUAGAAACUACAUCAUGGAAUUUGAUGUAGGAAAGGAGUUUGAGGAGGAUUUAGCUGGGGUGGAUGAUCGCAAAUGCAUGACCACAGUUUCUUGGGAUGGAGAUAAGCUGCUUUGUGUGCAAAAAGGAGAAAAAGAAGAUCGUGGUUGGACUCAGUGGAUUGAAGGAGAUGAAAUGCACCUGGAAAUAAGAGUGUGCGGAGUCAAAUGUAAGCAGGUCUUUAAGAAGGUACAGUGAGUCUACUGCUGACACAGAAGUGAAGAACAGUAGAAUGUACAGACUUGCCACCAAAUCUCCAAGCACUAGUAAUGAACAUCAUCGGUAAUGAGAGUUAAUACAGAAAUGAAGAUUACAUUAGAACUGUAUAGCCAGAAAUAUUUUUAACAAAUUAUUUUAAAGAAAUAAUUGCAAAUAAAACCCUAUUAAAGUUACUAAACGCUAUCAGUGGGUGUGCACCAUAAUUCUUGACUACACGAAAACUGAGACUGCUUGAUAAAAAACAAGAUACUAGAGUUAAAGGCCAUGCGAGCACAUAUUUUACUUACAGUGAAAAUUGCCUUUCUGUAGCUUUAACAAGGCGCCUUAAUGUAAUCUUGUUUUCAGGCUAUGAAUUGUUGUAGGGAAGUGAAUGAGAACUGCAGUAUGUGGCUGGCCAGAAAUCCUCAUCUCUCUGAAGCCAGCGAGAAUUUUACCACCUGCUCCAAUGGAGCAGUACUUCACUGAAAGUAUUCCACCAAAAUUAAAGAUUUGAUUUUUUUAAAUUAAGUGAAGUUAUGGAUCAAUAAUCUGGAAAAACAGCAAUUACAGAAUUAUGGCCAAGAGGCAAUUCCUUUCUAAAUGCUUUAGCCAAUGACUGACUAUUCACUUUCUUUCUUUUUCUGAUGAAGCUAACAGUAAGGUUAUUGCUAGUAACUAUGUAAUUGUACUCACAACGUACAAAAGAGAUAGCUAACAUUGCUUUGUACAUUUCAGAUUUUAUUAGUACCCAUCAUUGUGCUCAUGUUCUCAUGUAGCAUAUAGAAAAGCACUGACCUACUACUUUAUACUAAACAUUCUUACAGGUUUAAGAAGUAAGAUGUCCAUGAAUUUAGGAGGCCCCUCUUUGAAAGGGCACUUCUGAGUCUUAUACUUUUUCUUCUCUUCCCCUGUUUUCAACUUAGUUUAGCAAUAAUCAUUUAAUGUGGUCCUCAACUGUUUUAUUCAUGGUUUGUGUGAUUAUUCACCAUCUGAUCUACCCCUCCCAUUACAGAAGAAAAACAGGAAAAGCACUAAGUCAGGAUGUAGGAUCAGAACAUUAAAUGAUUAAGGAGUAUAACUUGCACAAGAGCAAAGAAGAUUCAGAAGGAUUCUAAAACCAUAAAGCAAAUGUAAAGGAUCGGGUAGAGAACUGAAAACCUUUAUAGUAACUGAUCUGUAGAGGAAAUGGGAUGCUCUCUUAACAGCAGGAGAAUAUUUUUUGAACAAGUUGAUUAUGUAGUAUCUAAUGGUGUAAUAGAUGAUAUUUUCAUUUGGAAAUUGUGUUUUUUUUCUGUUUGAUUUGAACAAGUCAAAAUACACACAUUAAUUUUAGUGGGUGCAAAUAUGAGUAUAAAAUAAUUAUUUCAGUAUCUGAAGAUUAAAUAAUUGAUGUGAGAAAAAAUCUAAUCAGACCUAUACAAAAUAUAUGUAAGCCUACGAAAGGGCUGCAAAAUUUUUAUUUUAUAUAUGUUAACUAUUUUAUAUUUUUAUUUUAGAAAACCAGGAUUUCUUAAUAGAUAACAAAAUGUUUUACACAGACAAAGGAAUACAAAUCAGAUUGCAUUAUCUGAAGAGGUAGUUUUAAUAUUAAGUAAUAAUAUGAAAUGUGUGGUAUUAAUUGUGAAAUACCUUUAAUGUCAUUAAAGAAUCUUCGGAUAUAUACUGUAGUGACACACCUGCAGUACACCAAACUUUGUGAUUUCCACCUACUCUGACUGAGAUUAUACCACAGUGUUCUCCCAGUCUUUCCUAAUCUGUGGCUCAAGCCAGAAGCUGCUAUCUCAGUAUUUAAUAACCUUCACCAUAUUUUUCUUUCAUAAAAAUCUCAAGUCAUUUUUUAGAUCAAUGCAAAUAUUUAGCACACAGUUGUUUAAGAAAUCUCUCUGUUCGCUUGAACCUGUUGCCUUCUGUUAUCAUGUAAUUAUUCCUAAUUCUUGUACUGCAAGAGAUACGAAAUCACCAUUCCCUGUUUCUGCCAUGACCCUCAGAUUUCUGUACCCCUAGUAUUAUGGUGAGAUGAUUGUUCUAGCAGAAUCAUAAUCACUACACUGAUUCCAGAGUAUAAAUUUGAAUGUUUUUAUUCCUAGAAGUCUUUUUUAAAGCUUCAGAAGACCACAGUACUCCCAUUUCAAUUCAAGCCACUCAGAAACACUCAACUGAAACAGAUGGACUAAGAGCAUCUCUUCUAGUCUAAUCCAUCCAUAGAAAUCACAGCAGAAAUAAGAGCUAAGAUUGCAGUCUGCAUUUAUACAACUGUGAAAGAUGGGAAAUAAUUGCUUUGUGUGAUCUGUGUAACAUUUUUAUUUUAAAAUGAGCUGUCAGAAUGGCAAAUUCCAUAUAACGAGGUGUGUUAGAUUUCUAAAGAGUCUCUUAUAUGAGAUGGAGCACCUUUCAUGCCACUAGCAUGGCAUGAAAGGUGCAUUCCAGGAGAUACAUCCACUUUCAUCAAUGCCUAUCAUUUAAUUGACUCCACUAUACUAAAUUUUCUAAGUGGAUAGUAAAGCAAAAGAGUUCUCCAGCACAACAUUGAUAAAACUUUCCUAGCAUGUAUCGUCUUGAGUCGUUUCUUGGACAAUAUCACCUGUAAUCAUGUAAAGGAUUUAUGGCCAUUCAUCUUCUAUUAGUAAAACAUUUCCUCUUAGAAUAGUACCUAUGUGCUGCUGCUAUUUGUACUUCAAGAAAAUUUUCAACCUCAAAGCAAAUGUUUAUUUAAGUAAUUGACUCCUGUCUAGCAAAAAAGCACAAAAAAGUAGAAUUCCUUCAGUAUCCUGUGAUUUAUCAACAAAGAAUGCACUCUUCUCUGUACUGACACUAAAAGUAUUCACACUGAACACUUGAGCAGCAUAGCUUUUUAGUUCCUUCAACCAGUCUGCCUGAAGGUUAAGUUUCCAUUCCAAAGAAUGAAAUUCCCUUUCAAGAGUUACAUUCUUAUUAUAGCAGAUAAAGAAAGAAGAAAGUAUGUGAUUAUUGAGUCAACAGUAAUUUACAUAGCCAGAGACCACAUAUCUAAUUGUACCGAUUGGUACAACACUGUUCUAACGCUUAGCCAAUAAGAAGUCAAUAUUGUGAUAAGAAUGUUUCAAAUUUAAAAUACUCUAUUUAAAUAUUCAGUUAAUUGAGAGUUCAAGAUUGUAGCAGAAGCAUGAGCAGUUAGCUAUGGGUGCACAAUCACAGAGUAGGUAACACUUAGAACUUGAUUGUGCAUCUGUAGAAAUACAUACAGCAUGAUAUCAAUAUCAGUAAUAAUCUUUAAAGAUGCGUAGUUCAUAAAAAUGCCUUUAUCAGCAUUGUGGAAUCAUAUUAAAAGCUUUUAUGCAACAGUUUCACUUCCUUUCUUUCCCCUCCCCUUUAGGCUGCACAAAGCAGCAUUACAGAAGUGCAGAGAUAAAAUAUAAGAAAAGCAGAGGAAGUAAUGCAAAAUUGUACUGGAAUUUAAAAUGAAAGGUCCCUCUUUCUUGAUGUUCCCAGCCAUUUUUUCUCAAUUGCUAGUCAGUGUCCUUGCUACAUAAAAAUAGAUACUUAUAAUGCUAUGGAGUCACCAUUUUCACUUUUUAGGUUUAGAAGCAUUGCAUAAGGGACGAGCUGAAAUUUCACAUUCAGUCAAGUGCAACAAGACUUACAGAAGUUCAUCACUUUCCUUCUCUAAUUCUAAAUCAGCAUGAUUCAAUUUAUCUUUUCUUACAGAGACACUGAUGCUCACUAUCCAUAACCAUUACAGCUUCUAACACUUCUCUCCAGCUGGGCAUGUUAAAGAAGUUAACACAUUUCAGUAGUACUUCUGUGAAAUAACUGUGGUCUUUCACUCAUCUUGUCAAGAAAUAUGCUGCCAUUCUUGAUGCUGACAUUUCCAAGUUUAUUUUUGGAAAGGAAAGGGGGAGAACAGCACCUUUUAUGUAUUUUAGAGUAACAUAGCAAAGCACUUAUUCAAACACAGCAGCUCCUCCAGACACCAAUUUUCAGGUACAACAGUGUAGCUCACUGCAAUGUGGUUAGUCUUCUCCACUGUCUCACUGAUACCAGUGUUCAUUAGAAACAGCCGAUCACUGGGGACAAUCCUUAAAGGCCACUGCAUUGUUAAAAUCCCACUAGGUAGAAAGCUAGUCAUCACUAGUCUUCUUUUCUGACACAUAUGUUCAGGUAGUUCAGAUCUAAACACAGAGACAUACUCAGUUUCCAAGAGCUGCUUACAGAUUACUCUCUGAAAGAAUUCUGAAAGAUUUACUCAUGAGUUUUAGACUUCUUGUACCUAGGAAAGCACAAAACACAUAACAGAUUUUCACAACACCGCAGCAGUGACACAUUGUGCUAAUUUUGUUAGGUUUCUUGAAACCAAUCUCAGACAUGGGGGCUGACUUAGGAGCUAGACAAAUAAGAUCUGCGAGCUACAUUUCACACUGCCGUAAAUGAUGCAGGAACAGAUGACUCAUUCCCUGAUGAGCCAAACAGAAAAUAAGUAGAAUACCAGAGUUCUUCAGCAAAAACAGUCUCCAAGUAGUAUGGCUCCAGCUCUUUAAUCAUCAUCAUACCAAAAAAAACUUUGUAAGUUUUUGGGCAAUGAAAAGCAAGGUGUCUCCAUCUCAAAAACCUACAAGCAGGAUUAUUGCGCAGAAUGUUUUUUUGCAACAUAUAUGUAUAAUGCUCUAUAACAUGUUUUUCUCAUACA